CCUCCGUGUCCAUCAGCUCGCACUUUCACCUCCAUCUCCUUUGCUUCCGCCGCCGCUGUCACUCCUCUUGCUCUCUCGCCAUUGAUGGAGCUCUACGAGCAAUGGAAAUCCAUCCUGAAGAUCCAAAAGUUCAGGAGGAUGGUUUCUUAUGCCGGCUUCUACUGCUUCGUCACCCUCAUCAGCUACGCUUACACCAGUAACACAACGAGGGCUGGCAUGUCAAGAGCGGAUCAGUACUACGCAGCUUAUCCGGCGGGCAUCGAGCUUCUCACUGAUACAGCCAAGCUGUACAAGGCUGCUCUUGGUAACUGCUUCGAACAAGAAGAAUGGGGUCCAAUAGAGUUUUUCAUUAUGGCAAAGCAUUUUGAACGCCAGGGAAAAUCACCAUAUGCUUAUCAUGCUCAAUAUAUGGCACAUCUCCUAUCUUAUGGGCAACUUGAUGGAAGCGGCUCGUAGAUGGAAUGAUUCAAAUCUCAAUUUAUUCAAGCCCAGAAGAAAAAAACCAUCCUUUGGACCGACUUUAU